GUGUUGGUAAUUUGUAAUUGAAUAAAAGACAUGAUUAAAAAGUGAAGUCAAGUUGACAAAUUAUUGCAAAUAUAGGACAAUGUGUGACAACAUCAACAUUAGUUGCUAUGACAACUUCACAACAUUGGAGAGCAGUACAUCCAUGCCAAAUAUAUCUGAAAGUGACAACCCACUGCCAGCAACGGUAUAUGGGAUUUCAAGUUUAACACUCAUGAUAGUGAUAUUCAUCACAAAUGCGUUCAUGAUUUUUGUCAUUUUGCGACACAAGGAGUUCCAUAAUCCGACAAACUACUGCCUUCUUUCAUUAUGUCUUGGAAAUAUGUUUGGAUUCGUAACACUAGCGAUGCUGGCUUUCAGCGUGUUUGUGAUUCACCUACAGCAUUUCCUAGAAUGUGUUGCCUCCAUAUCACUUUACUAUCUGCAAGUGCUAAUUGGACUAUUGAUGCUGUUACUUGUAGCAAUUGAGAAAUAUAUAAUGAUAAUGUACCCAUUACGUUAUAACACAAUUGUCACAACAAAAAGAAUGCUAGGGGCAAUUGUGACAUGUUGGGUGUACACUAUUAUUAUAGCACUGCUACCAAUAUUUGGUCUGAAUACCCAUGUCAUCUACAUUUUUCCUUAUCUUAAUGAGACUGAGAUUGAAGCUGCGACAUGGGGCACGGAACAAUGUAAUCCUGAUUAUGAACUUCCAUCAAGUUAUAUUGGAUUAUUUUUCCUAGGUAACUUUUACCCAAUUUUAUUAUGCCUCCUUUGUCUAUACAGUCGCAUUUUAAUGAUAGCUCAUAAGCAAGCACGGCAAAUCGAGUCACUUGAACAGAUGGGUCAAGAAAGUAAAGGAGUUUCCUUUAGAAAAUAUUUCAAAAGUUUAAGGACUGUGAUUGCAAUAUUGGGAUAUUUCAUCAUAACAUGGGUACCUAUGAGCGUCCUUCAGCUCAUGGAGUUUGAAUGGCUGAAGAUUGAAUUUAUUCCAAUUGGAAGGCAAGGGAGGGCUCCUCUAUUGGCUCGUAUAUUAAUCUCAAGUAUGACCUCUCUGAACUGUGUUUAUAACCCUGUAGUGUGUGUGCUCCUAAACAAAGACAUGCGGCAAGCAGCUAAAAGAAUGCUGCGCC